GAGCGAACGCUGAAGAGGAGAUCGCAUGAUUAUACGUCCGCUCAUCGCGACGGUAUUUUCAAGUAUUAUUACCAACGACAACAAUUCCACUUACUUGCCGUGAGAAAAAGGACGACCAGGACUAGGAUGGCUACUUCGUUAAGCGUUUCGGUCGUUACGUGUUUCUUUUCGUUAUUUUUAAUACAUGCGCAACAGGUACCAGUGGCAGGACAGGACACGCUCCUUUCAAGAGUUUGUCUAGGAUGUAUCUGCGAAGCGGCUUCCGGAUGCAACGUCACGAUCGGAUGCGAAGAAACGGUUUGCGGACCAUUUCGUAUAACAUGGGCUUAUUGGGCUGAUGGCGGUAAACCGUCCCUCGACGACAAUCCAAAUGCUAAAGAUAUGUACGCAAGAUGUGUAAACGACCCGUAUUGUGCAGCUCGUACGGUGCAAGGGUACAUGACGAAAUAUUCUCAGGACUGUAACGGAGACGGCAUCAUCAACUGCGAUGACUUCGCUCGCAUCCAUCACUUAGGCGGCUACGGGUGUUCAGGUGGUCUAAAUGCAAAGUACGAAAAUGCUUACAAGCUUUGCAUGCAGACUUUCGACAAACAGUGAAACUUUGAGAGGAAACGUUUGAUUAAACAGUGAUACGGAAAUAUUUAACUGUAACGUAGUACUUCACGUGUAUAAAACAUUUUAACAGAUUUAUGGUACAUUUCCUUCUGAGAGACAUGAUAAAUAUUACUUACACCUAAUUUUAAUAUGAAAUUAUCUGCUCAAA